UCUAUAGCAACAUUAAACGAAGAGGGUGUAAAGCAGACAGAAAAUGUCGGCAAUGAACAAAAAACUAAUUCAAAACCUUGCCGAAGCGUUAUGCAAACAAUUCAAACACUUCAACACAGAGGAGGCGGAGUGUUUGAUCAGAUUGUUCAAUGAUCUUUUGGAAGAGCAGUCAGAGAGAAGAGCUGCUCAUGGACUCGACCGGGUCAAGUUUAGAAAUAUACUGCACAACACAUUUGACAUGACUGACGACAUGAUGAUGGAUAGAGUGUUUCGUUCAUUUGACAAGGACAAUGACAGCUAUGUAAGUGUCAAAGAAUGGGUGCAAGGUCUGUCUGUCCUCCUGCGAGGGACACUGGAUGAAAAAAUAAAACACUGUUUUGACGUAUAUGAUCUGAAUGGUGAUGGAUACAUCUCACGAGAAGAGAUGUUUCACAUGCUGAAAGACAGUCUCAUUAGACAACCCACUGAAGAGGAUCCAGAUGAGGGGGUUAAGGAUCUCGUAGAGAUUGCAUUAAAGAAAAUGGACUACGACCAUGAUGGGAGAGUUUCGUAUGCUGAUUUUAAAAAGGCAGUCAGAGAUGAAAAUCUUUUACUGGAGGCUUUUGGCAACUGCCUUCCAGAUGCAAAGACUAUACAAGUAUUCGAGGGACGUGUAUUCCAGAAAUCAAAUGAAUUACACUGAAUUAUCCACAUAAAACAAUCUGGGCAAUUUGACAAGCAAUAUGUGUGUUUGAAACAAAUAAUGAAUAAAAUAUGAAGUGAAAG